UUAAACUGCCACAGCAUAAAAGUUAAAAGUUUUCAUGAUACCAAUUAACUUUUCAUGAAAGAAGUUAACUAAGAAUGGAAACGGAACAUAUUCGGAACGAUUCUUCUGUCUUGGGGGUAACGUGGUUCAGGUUCUAUGUAUGAUACUCCUCCCAGUUGUGUCCCAAACGAUAAACAGUAAUGUUCACCGAAUGAGAGAUUAUCUAUUUUUAGAUAUCUGGUUUCGUGAGAAUUAUCUGGUUUCGUGAAAAUUAUCUGGUUUUGUGAAAAAUUAUCUGGUUUCGCGAAACUUUUCAUGAAAACUUGUCAGUUCAAAGCACUAACUAGCAUAAUUUCGUGUUAAAAUAUUUCAGUGGCCUUUGUGAUAAUUUACUGUUUUCACGAAAUUCUCCAUUAGUAACGUGCAAACCUAAAUUAUUUUUGUGAAAGUUUUCAUGAAACCUGAUAAUUAAAUGGUGGCAGUUUUAUGCCACCAUACUAUCCUGAUGGUUUUGAAACUUACUUCAUCCCACUUAGCCGUUUAUAUGUGUAUGUAUAAAAUAUAUUGAAAUUAUGCACUGCGUGGUUAUUCAUAUUUCAGUGAAAUCUUAAAAGUACCUGGUGUACGUCAAUGUUCUCUAAACGAUAAUUUAUUAAAAAGACAUUGACAUCCGCAUGAUAUUCAUUGCUACAUAUUGAAACACUUUUUUACACGGCAGGUGCUUAACACGCGUGACGUAUGUAGCGUAUGUUCUAUAUAUCGUACCGAAACUCAGAUAUAUUGACCUUUGAUCUUUGUUGGUUCUACCCAUAUACGUACUAGUUUCUGUUUGGUAGCUCAAUUUAUGAUGCUAUAUACAAUAUAAAGUUCCUGCCAGUUAUUCAUUCUGCAUAGUGCCUGUUACAUAACUUCUAAAUAGUUGCAGGCGAACUACCACAACGUGAGAUAAAGAUGCAGGCAACACAUACUACAAGCAGACGAGAAGAACUCGAGGAGAAUAUGAGGGAAGACCUGAUCAAGUUCUACAGAAAAUAUUACUCUAAUAUUCCGGUUUCCCCUCUCGUAGAAGAACACGAUGUUCCACUGACAGAAUUUUAUGUGCAGCCACCACUUACUUCCAUUGAUAUACAAAGGAAGUUUGGACAUUGUCAGGAAUUUCCAAAAAAGACUUCAAUACAUUCAUACCGUGACGUGUUUUUUCGUGGAGAUGGUGAAUUGUACAAAGACAUUUACAUCACAGCAAAUGCCGGAGUUGGAAAAACAUCUUUUGCCAAAAAAAUCUGCAUGACAUGGUGCCAAGCCCAUAGACCCACUGAAACGUUGGAGCAGACAUUCAAGUCAGAAGAUAUCAAUUCCAUGAAAACCUUUGAAUUCUUAUUCAUGGUUUCAUUACGAGAUGUAGAUACCUCUAUAUGCGAUCUAGAUAGCAUGAUUGAAAUCAGCAUUCUUCACUAUUUAGCAAGAUGUUCUCGGUUUUCUAGACUUGACUUAGAGGAUAUUUUAAAUGAAAGGACAUGUUUAGUUCUUCUAGACGGUCUGGACGAAUGGGCCCACCCUACAAGCUGUGUCAGGGGUCGUCGUGAUGUUCAUGCAACACCCCACAUACCUGCAAGAGAACGAUGCACAAUCCUGACGACAACACGACCUUGGAAACUUGACGUUAUAAAAUUGGGUACAAGUCAAAUUGACAGACAUAUAGAAAUUAAUGAGCUGGACGAAACAUCAUCGAAAGAGCUUACAAGUAAUGCUAUCACAGUGUUAAACAGACAAAGCUUACCAGACCAGCCAAAGACCGUUGAAGAGUUCGAAAGUGCAACGUCGACUCUGAAGCUCGAUAACUUGCGAUAUAUCCCCUACAUCCUGCUGCAAAUGAUUUGCCUGUGGUUUGACGGAAAGUCAAUAGGAAGAACGAAGUGCGAAAUAUAUACUAACAUAAUAACACUAACACUAUCUCGGGGCUUACUCAAGAUAGAAAAUAAAGGUUUGCCACCAAUGAGAGGACAAAACUUAGAAACCACAUAUGAAAUCCCACCUUGCCUAAAGUCGAUUGACAUCUGUAAAUCGCAUUACGAAGUGUUAAUUGGUCUUGCGUUUCUGGCGUUUAAAAAACUAUUUAGUUCGAAAGCAGAAAGAAAUCUUGUAUUUGAUAGGUCUGAAGUGCUUCAAGUUAUAUCGGAGGACAUCCUCAGAUUUUGUUUAGAAAUAGGAUUUUUGUCACAAAAUAAAGACUAUGGUUUAGUCUCAGGAAGACGCAGUAUCCUUUCAUUUCAACAUAAAUCCGUCCAAGAGUAUUUUGCUGCCCUUUAUAUAUCUUCGCACAAUCAAGACAUAAAAGAUGACAUUUACAAAGUAUGUGAUACAUUGCCAGCUAUACUCGAGAUGUCUAAUGUUUUUAUAUUUCUCGCCGGAUUUAGCCCUGCUACCGUUGGGAAGAUUUUACAGACUAUCGGGGAAACUUUGUCUCGUGAUGAGAAAAUUGAGUAUUUCAGGAACAGCAUCAUAAAUAGCAAAAGUUAUGUACCAAAACAGGUUGAAUGCUGGGAAAUAAUGAAGUCGUGGCAGCGCAUGCUGACAGAUUCGGUUCAAGAAAUAAGUAACAGUGGUCAAAGUAAUGCUUACUUAUAUAUCGAAGAUUUACUUAUAGAUAGCACAAUAUCAAAAGAAACAUGUUGCAUACUUAAACUGUUAACAGAGAACAAUACUGAAAAGAUUAAAUCAAUUAGUAUAUCAGAAUGCCGAACACCAGAGGAGUUCACUGACAAACUUGAAACUCUUGGUCUGCAAGAUAAGCAUUCGUUACAUAUAUUGAUCAUCCAGGCUCUUCCUAAAGCAAAAGAUCUGCAUAGGUUACUUUCCGGAUCCGUACAAACAUUAACAGUCUUGAUUCUAGAAUUCAUAAUCUUUCAGAAUAGGUUAUUGAACAGAGAAAUCAUGGAAAUUCCCUCUGAAACAGUGAGCAUUCUGUCGAGCAUGACAAAUAUGCAAAUAAUAUAUCUGAGGAGAGGAAUAUUCGUCUGAAGCAUGGUGAUAUUGAACGUUUAUUUCAUUACCUGAUGACUAGAACAACAAUGACAUUAAUUAAUCUGUCUCACAUGAUUUGUAUGGAGCAUAAUGACCAAUGUAAUGCUUUCUGCCUCGACUUAUCUCAGCAUAAGAAACUUGAGGAUCUUGGAUUAGAUACCGUCCCUCUUUCAGAGCUGCAUGUUGAUGUUUCCUCAGUGAAGCUCUGUGCAAUAGGACACCUACAACAUGAUGUGCAAUCUUCCUUAGUUAAAUGUCUGCCUGAAGCAAUAAAUCUUCGUAUAGUGUCUUUCCAUAGUUUUCAGCCUGAACAAUCAGAGAUUAUUAUAGAUACAUUACAAAAAUUGCCAAAAGUGGAACGUAUUACUAUUCAGUUCUCAAAUCUUGGGGAUACAGCACUCAUUCUACCGACUUGUAUGAUAAAUUUAGAGAUUGUUCACCUCUAUAACGCAGUUUUGACGAGUACUUCGCUAAGAAGUCUCAUUGAAAGUGUAGACGUUCUGCCAAAACAAGUUUUGAUCAAUAUGCUGGCGUGUACCGUGAUACCUGAAAAAGAUUUUAGACAAGUGAAGGAAGAGAUAAGAUCAUCUCAAAAGUAUCAAGUCAUGUUUGAUGGUUUAAACAGGGGCGGUGAGGACAUGUUUCAGUUUCAAACAUGGAAUAAAUAAGAGCAUCUCCAACGUAUUGAGUCGCAUUUGUUUGGUUAAACAAAAGCAAGAAAAGUCCGCUUAUUUUUUCAAGCACAAAAAAUGCGUCCAACUGUUUGAUAUAGUGAUGGUACCAUUACACUGCGUGGUGAAUACUAAUAUAUAUUAAUUUAAAAUCGAAAAAUGUCAUGUUUAUUAAACUGGAAUGAGCUGGACUUGACCUGUUUGCAUUACAAUCAUGAAGAUUAACUAAAUAGAUGUUCCUGAUGAUAAUUAGAAAGUGAUAUGAUGUUUGUAUACAUCUACAUGUGUUAAUAGAAUAUGAGUGUAAAUGUAUUAAGUUGUCAAGGUAAUAAGCUUUAUUACUUUACAAUGAUGUCUGAAUUCAGUACGCAAAUGU